CAACACAAUGGAGCCCAAAUGGUCAAAUAUCAUCUGCAAGCGAGUUCUACUGACUGGAUUUACGCUGUGUGUUGUGUUAGCCAUCAUAGCGCCUGUAGACCUCUAGGGGGCAGCAGUCGCGUUUAGAACUGCGCACCCCGCCGCCACAGCUUCCCACGAAGAAGAAAAACGACUUGUAGGAUAGAGAGGGUGGAGGAAAGAAAAAAGGAAAAGCAGAGGAGCUACUCCUGUUUACAACAACACAAUGGAGCCCAAAUGGUCAAAUAUCAUCUGCAAGCGAGUUCUACUGACUGGAUUUACGCUGUGUGUUGUGUUAGCCACAAAACCUUCGUCGGCGAUCGAAAUACACUCCGACCUGGAAGUGAUGAUGCAGAACGGCACAUUGGGGACCCUCCGAUGCUCCUUUAAGUCCACCGAAGUGGUCAGCACCGCCACCUCGGUGACCUGGACCUUCCAGUCGAGUCAACCCGACAACCAGUUAUUCAAAGCUCCGUACACGAUUUUCUACUUCUCCAACGGGAAAGGGUUCCCGGGACAUACCGAGUUCAAAGACAGAAUUCAGUUUAUUGGAGACAUAAACAAGAGGGACGCCUCGAUACAGCUGAAUCCGGCUCAGUUCAGCGACAACGGGACUUUCUUCUGCGACGUGAAGAACCCGCCGGACGUGACGGGAACGCCGGCGCGAACAGAGCUCAGGGUCGUUCUCAAAGAAUCUCUCCCUCAGAGUAACACGGCCGUUAUAGUCGGAGCAGUCAGCGGAGCUUUACUUCUGCUCGUCCUCAUCGCUGUGGCCGCCUGCAUCGUCAUGAGGGUUCUUCACAACCGCCAUGAAUAUGAAGGAUGUACGUCCUUGGAGAGCGUGAGCUCCCAGGCUCCCAAACCACGAAAGAAGGUGGAGUCCAACCUGGAGGGCUCCAGGUGUACCAGUCCCUCGGGUCCACUACAGGGCCCGGUGAUAUACGCCCAGUUGGAUCACUCAGGCAGCAAUCGCUCAUUCCACAAGAACGAGCCAGUUGUCUACGCUGACAUUCGUAAAAACUGAAGAGGAACCGGGGACCAAAACAAAAAAACCAACCUAGAAUAUAAAAUCACAGUAAAGUAUCAGACCUCUCUAUCAGCUGCUCUUGGGAAGGGUGGGAAUAUUUCAACAGGGACAAAAAUAUCGGUGCAGUUUCUCUUUUCCUUUCCAUUCAUCUUUUGUCCUCGGAAAGCAUGACGCCAUCACACGAUAGCGAUGUCUCCGUGUGCUUUUAUUGUGAAGGCAGAACAAAAAAAGAAACCACUCCAAAUGAACAGUACAUCACUCCAUCAGCCUUUAUAUUGUUCUCAGUAAGAAUAAGACUACAUAUAAACAUGUUUUUUUUAUUUUUAAUCUUUGUAGCGUUCUGCAGCCUGUUGCACCGGCUGAAGUUUGAUCUCAAACUAAACCAUCUAUAUAUCGUAACUAAAUCAACAAUAAUCAAAAUAUCGCUGCAGAAAUUAACGUUAAUAACUAGUGAAGUAGAUUUAUACUCUUGCAUGUGAACUAGCUAACGUGUUUGUCCGACUAACAUCACCUCAUUAUUUAUCCAUCACUUCUCUGGUGCUUCCUUUUUAAGCUGGUAUCAAAUAAAAGUCUAAAAGCCAAAGUUUAAACUUCAACAGUUACAAGUUUCUGUCAUAAACAACAUAGUAUAAGAUGUGGAAAGCGGGGAAUCCCACGUCCCGUGAAUGCAUCUUAAAUAUAAAUAUAAAGGAAUCUAUCACAAACAUUCUGAUAGAUUCCCAAUUUAAAUAUCAAAUAAAAAUGUUCAUCAACAGUUAAUCAGGAACGACCAAAGCUGGACAGACACACUGCGAUUUAUUGAUGUUGUUUGAUGCGUUAACAAAAAGAAAACGUGCAUUUCUAGGCCACGUCGUGAUCCAAUCAUUGAUACAUUUUUUUUAAACAAGGUGUCUGCGUCCUCAACAAUGUUAAAUAAAUAAAAAAAGGGAAAGGUAGAGUUACUUUGUGCUCUUCUACUUAAAAAAAGAAGAAACAUUAGUCAGCUUUGCAACAAAAUUCAAUUUGAUUUCUAUCAAAAUCAUCCACAACUUGUAAAACACUACGUCUAGUAAAGUCUAAACCAGGACGUUAACAAAAACAACUGUACUGCUGCAGGCUAGAGGCUACAUUAGCUGCUACUAGCAUAGCACCACCUGUUGCAUUGUGGGUAAUGUAGGCACCAGGAUUUGACAAGGAAGAAGAAAAUGUGUGGAAUAAAACUAGUACUCUCAUCAGUAGAGUGUCUGUCCAGCUUUACACCUGCUUCAAACGUUGCAGCCUUUCUCUUAAAUGACCUUCCAGCUGAACUCCGUUUGAAUACUAACACAAAGCCGGUGCAACAGGCUGCUGCAGCCACACACACUACAUCUCCACCGUUGGGCACUUCCAUAGUGAUCUUGUUUUGUUUCGAGGCGUAUACAUUUGACGUUGCCUUCGGUAACUUUGCAUGCAGUUGUAACAACAGUCUACAGAUGAAACCCGUGGUACUCUUCAGAUAGAAGAAGCUGUCUGACAUUGUGUUACUGUGAAUGCUUCAGUUUUCUGUACAGAGUUCUGGCAUGUUGUCGUGGUACCGUUACAAAAAAAGAAAAAGAAAAGACACUGCCUCCCGUUUGAUUUUCACCUCAGUGGAACAUCUGCUUUAAACCAGCUGUUUGUUUCCUUCAGUGUCUGUUUUGUUUUUGUUUUUAAAAGAAGUGCAAAUGAACAAAGAGGCAAUGGCAACCAAGUAGAGUUUUUGUCUUUUGCAUCACACUUAAUAAAUACUUUCUGCCCGUUUGCAAGUGUGAUAUGCAAGAAUUUAAAAAACGUUUUUAUUACCUGGGCUUUUUGUCAGCUUAGUUUUGAGUAAUUUAGAAAUACGUGUUAACACGAAAUGUUCAACUGAGGUGAAAUAUCUUCUCUGAAAACUGGGAGCUCUCAUUUGUUGGUUAUAACGAAUGAUAAAUACACUGUUUGCAUGCAAUUUACUAACAUAACAAUCAUUAUUAUGAAAAUAUCCAUCCUUUUUUUCCUCAUCUUUGUAUCAUGUAAAAGCAUUUUUUUUGUUUGUUUCCAAACUAAUGGGCCAAAUACCUAAUAUCAACACUAAUACUAAAAAACGGUUCUUUCAGAUGCUUUUAAGCUUUAAAAGUGCAUUCCAAAUUUAUAUGUUUUUUUAUUCUGUUUCAAGCAUUUAAAAAGCCAAACUUUAUGUUGUGAUUCAGUCUGUUAACCGUGUGGUCGCCUACGAGAAUGAUAAUUUGUGUUGCAACCAAGUCUUAACGCCGAAAGCUUCAGCUUGUGAUUCCGAAUGCAGUAAAUCUCCAUGUUGACCAGUAUUUGUAUAUAUAUUUCUUGCUCGUGUAAGAUAUAGUGCUGUUUACUGUAACUCAUUCCAGUGUGGUUUGGCUGUGGAUGUCUUUCCAGAGGAGGAAAGUAGUUUGCUGUAGAGGUAUAGAAAGUUGGUGGCAUACUUAAUGUGUCUUAAUUAUUAUUUGCCAGCAAACACUCCAACAUGUACAGUGCCUGCAGGGAGUGUCGAGUCUGUCGAUUCAAAAUGGAGUGAAUCAAAGUUUCUUUUGUCAAACGAAUUCACAAAAAAACACAAAAAUAUUGUGAUGUUUCUUGAGCUUUAAGGCCUCAUUUAUAUUAAAUCCAAAAGAUUUUCUUUGCCACUUGGGGGCAGCAGAAACUAAUUGUGAACACAACACUUUCAUAUCAUCACCAUUAAGUAGAUAUGUUAACCUUUUUACCAAACAGUUUCCAUACCCAGCAACAUGGAAGUCCAAUAUUCUCUCUUUUUGCUCCGUUUUUGGUCCCCUCCAGCUCCUGAGGGAAACAUCAGUCUCUUCAGCUGAUAAAUGCUCCACUGUGGAGGAGCAUAACAUUGAGCAUUUUUAGCAUGCUAACAGUGAAAUGCUAACAUCAAUGUCUUAGCAUAACAUUCUGGCAUUUGGCAUGUUAGCAUUUAGGGCUGCUACGAUUAAAACAAUUAUGCUGAUAAUCAUUAAUUGAUUUGUGUAAUUUUGAAAGAAGAAUUAAUCUGAUUUCAGCUUCUUGAAUAUGAAUAGUUUCUGGUUUCUUUACUCUUGUAUGACAGUAAAAUGAAUAUAUUUUGAGUUGUGGACAAAACAAGACAUUUGAGGUUGUCAUCUUACGCUUUUCAGAAACACUGAUUAACAUGUUUCACUAUUUUCUGGCAUUUAAUGACCAAACAACUAAUCAGUUUAUUGAGAAAAUAAUCAUUUAUUGUGAUAAUCUUAAAAAAAUAAAAGCAGAGGCUGGCAGGAUUUAGGUCUUUUGUUUUAGAGGAGAUGUAGUCAGGAACCACAGAAGUUAUUACGAGCAUGUUUUUACCAAAAAUCAUGACAAUUAAUCCAGAAUGUGGGAAAGUUUUCACUUAAUUAUGAAUAACUUUAGCAAAUAGCAACCUAGACUGUGUUCUCUCAUUAUUUAAUUAACGAUUUAAGCUUUAACUUAUCUUAAACUGUCUCUGCAUUAGAAGCUAAAUACUUAAUUACAUUUACAAAUAGUUUCUUACUAAAGAAAACCCUUAAUUCACUCCAUUUUGACUUGACUCUGGCUCACGAUGCAGACUCUGUAGUCUUCCAGGUGCUUUUCCACCUUUUUUUUUUCCAAAUGUUUUGUUUCUUCUUCCAGUUAGCAUGUGUUUCAGUGUUCUCACCAAAACUCCCCCCAAAAACAACCUGUAUGAUACCGACGAACCUUUACUGCUGGUCGCUUUGCUCCUAAUCGUGACUCGUUGCAGUGUUUAGUGCUGUUGUAGAAAUUGUGAUGUAAACUAUAAAUUAUGAAAGAUUUCCGAUUUCGGAGGCCGAGUUCGCGCUUUGAUUUGUUUGUUUAGUGUCUUGAAGUUCCGAGAACGGACGCAGGUUUGGAAAGCGUUCGCUCCUCUCACGACGAGUCUUACAAAAAGUGCGUGCUUCGUGUCUUUCGAUGGUAAAUAGUUGUGUGUUAUUUGAGAAUUGUUUGGUAUGUUAUGUUGUAAAAAUCUGCACUAUGUCUUGCAACUCAAAGACAAACAAAUUCCCUGUGAUUUCCUUUUUGUUUUUGUUAUUUUUCGUUCAUCUCCGAGUGACCUUGGCCUCUCUCUCUCUCUCUCUCUCUCUCUCUCUCUCGCUCUCUCUCGCUCUCUCUCUGUUUAACGUCUUUAAAACUGGAAUGUUGUACAUUUAGUGCCUUUUACAUUUCAUCAGCUAACUUGAACACCUGCUCAAAGUAGAAAAAAAAAAGAUAAGAUUCAUUUAUUUUCCUUUUAUUGUAUGUAUUUUUUUAUACACAUAAUAUCGCCUCUGUAUCCACUGUUCAAAUUUUAUAUAAAACCUAUUCCUGGC